AUGCCUGAAGAGUGGCGGGGUUGCGCUCUAGGGCUAGCAUUCCGGGCAUCUAGGCUCCAGACUGCCAGAGUCCAUCAUGGUUUCCCUCAUGAUCCCUCCCUCCUCUUCCUCCCCCAGCUUUUUGCCCCUGAUGCGAACGAGCUGCAGACGGUACUGGGACUGCUCUCCAAUCAGUCCCGCUCGCUCUACUCCGCCGUGACGGAAUGGAACAGGCGUCAGGGCGAGGUCUGGAGGUUGGAGGUCUGGGCCCACCGCCGCCUCAUCAGCGUCUUCCCGCCCUUCAAACUCACCGAAGCUGCAGCCGGCAAGGGCAUUGGUUGA